UGCUGUCUAUAACGCAUAACACAGGGCGGCAUUAAAGGCGUCAUUUGGACUGAUGUAAUACAAGGCCUAGUUAUGGUUGGUUCCUUGGGCUUUGUUAUAAUCAAGGGCACCUACGAUCUGGGCGGCUUGGCGGUUGUGCUAGAACGUAAUCGUCAAUUUGAUCGUUUGGUGGCACCAGAUAUGACAUUUGAUCCAACAGUGCGUAUGGGUUUUCUGGCGCUGUUUGUGGGUGGCGCCUUCUUCAAAAUGCAGGCCAAUUGCAUUAAUCAAACAGCGGUGCAACGCUUUAUGACGUUGCCCAAUUUAAAAGCAGUCAGGCAAACGCUUGUGCUGUCACUACUUGGCUUCAUAUUGGUUAUGGCCAUGUGCAUUUAUGUGGGCAUCUUGGCCUUUGCAGAAUACUAUCACUGUGAUCCCAUCACCACUGGCCUUGCACGUGCCAAGGAUCAGGUGAUACCCUUGUAUGUAAUGCAAAACGCUGGCGCUAUACCAGGCGUGGUGGGCCUCUUUGUUGCCGGCGUCUUUAGCGCUGCGCUGAGCUCGCUCUCGACGGCGCUCAACUCGCUCUCCGCUGUGGUGCUCAAGGACUUUGUGGAGCCACAUCGCAAGCAGCCUUUAAGCGAACGCCAGACUGCCUUUGUUAUGAGAGCAGUUGUUGUCAUCUUUGGCUUCAUAUCCAUGGCCAGCGUACCCAUUGUGCAGAAGCUCGGCAAGAUUAUGCAGCUUUCCUCCACAGUAGCUGCCAUCACCUGCGGCCCACUGCUGGGCGCCUUCUCCGUCGGCAUGCUAUUGCCGUUUGUAAAUACACAGAGUCUGCUGACGGGCAUUACAUUUGCCACUAGCUUCACUGCUUACAUUGUGGUGCGUGCUCAGAUUGCUUUAGCUACUGGGCAAAUGACGUUUCCUACCAAACCCGUAUCGGUGCAGGACUGUGACUACACCUUUGAGCUGCCUGUCAAUUGGAAUGCAACUAGCCAAGCCCAUGCACAGAGUCCCAGUCUGCAUGAAAUAUCCUUCCUAUGGUACACAUUCGUUGGUGCCUUGGGCACAGUUUUAUGCGCACUGCUGGCCACACUCUACUUUGGCAAACAGGAUGUGCGUCAAGUCGAUAAGCAGCUCGUCACGCCUGUGCUGCAUAAGUAUUGGUAUGGCCGCUAUGAAAGCAUAGCCCAGCAGGAUAUAGAGCUGGAGCCUAUAGAAUAAACUGAAAAAUUUUAAU